AUGAUAGCCGCAUUCCUGACCCUAUCGCUACUUUACUACAGCCCGACAGCUCAGAUACUGGAAAAAUCGCGAUCAGUUUGGGUAGAACAGGGUCUCGUUCGCGGCAAAAUCUACAACAUUGACGGCCGGCACAUUCAGAUAUUUCGUGGCAUUCCGUUCGCGGAACCUCCUGUUGGGAGCCUUAGAUUCGCGAAGCCAGUGAAGAAAGCUCGAUGGAACCAAGAACUUUCAGCCGUAGAAUACGGCCCUCCGUGCAUGCAGUUUAUGGAUUUUCAUCGCUACGAUAAAUUCUCAGCCGACAAUAUGAGGCGACAAAGCGAGGACUGCCUCUAUCUGAACGUAUUCAGCCCUUAUGACCAUGAAGACGAGUCGAAACUAUUUCCGAUCAUUGUCUGGAUUCAUGGAGGAUCGUUUCUGGCUGGAUCAGCCGAUACAGGAAUCGAUAUGGAGGCUGUAGCUCGAAAUAUCAUCUUCAAAGGAAUAACGUUCGUCACAAUCAACUAUCGACUUGGACCACUUGGCUUCAUUAACAUGCAAGUUGGCGAAAAAGUGGAGGGCAACUUUGGUAUUUGGGACCAGGUGAUGGCUUUGCAGUGGAUCCAUGCGAACAUUAAGCAGUUUGGAGGCGAUCCAUCCAAAGUGACUCUGAUGGGUGAAUCGGCCGGAGGCGCGUCAUGCAGUCUGCUUGCUCUCAGUCCCAUAACUGAAGGACUUGCACAACGUGCUAUUAUAAUGAGUGGUUCCUCGAUAGCCGGAUGGGCAAUCCAUCGGCACGGAAGCCCGUCAUGGAGUGUCGAGAAUUUAGUCAAAUACCUGAGGUGUGAGAAGUCAAUUAGUGGUGAAUACUUGUCAGAAAUGAUUGGAGACGAGUUCACUUCUGAGGAAAUCAGUAGGAAAAAGUGUAACUAUCAGACGGAAUUAGUUCCGUGUUUGACGCUAGGUGUCUCCAAAAUGGUCGUUGAUGGAGAGCUGGUGCCCGAGUCAGGCGCUGAACUGGUUCGGAAACAUGCUCGUAUUCCCAUAAUGACAGGUGUGGCUCGCAAAGAAUGGGCACACAAAAAGCCUCAAUUCUACAAUUUACAUCGGAAGUCGUCGUUAACAGCAAGAGAGUCCGGAGAGAGCGUGUUCCGGAUCAUUGAAAGCUCAUUUCACGACACGUCACCCGUCAAGCUCAGCAAUUCUACACUGCAUUUGAUGGAGGCUGACAUCGAGUUUGUUGCCCCUUGUCAACGAGAAAUCGAUGGUUAUGUGGAAAAUAACGUUACUGUAUACGCGUACUCAUUUGACUACUUCCCAAAGAGCCCAAUUUUCGAAGAGGUAACAAAAGCAUCGAAACGACCAAACACCCUUACCAUCUAUUAUCAAUUGAUUCAGGAGAGGAAAGCAUUUACCUUAUUUGGAAAGGAACCUGUGACUAUUUUCAGGAAGGAUCAGCCAUUAAAAGAUCGCAAGUUGGAGGCGUUUCACGGCUUGGACCAUGCAUUCAUCUUCACCCGUGGCUACAGCAGCAAUUUCGAAAUUCGACCCUUCACAAAAGACGAUGAGAAUAUGGCGAAAAUCCUGACGAACAUGAUAACCAACUUUGCGAAGAACGGUGAUCCAUCCACCAAGAGAUUCAACUGGCCACCGUUCAGUAGAAACACGGGCACUGAACACGUCUCAAUCAAUUUGCCACCAAAGGUCAUCCAAGGCGAGUUGCACUGGCCACAUCCGAAGUUUUGGAAUGUAGAAGCCGAGCUGAUCAGUCGCCACGUAUCAGAAAGAGAUGUUAUUACGGAUCCGGAUGUCGGUCUCACAAACGAGGAACGAGUCCAGCUUAGCGCGUAUCGUCGUGCGUGGUGGGCACUGUGGCUUCUGGUGGCCGUGCUGGCGAUCAUCACUUGGGGAAUUGUCAUCUACGCCGUUAUUUCUAAGGGAAACAAACCAAGUAACAAACCAUAUGAUAACAUUGUCAUUACACGAUGA